UACUCCAGCAGCUAAAACUGAGGAAUCAACUCCGCUUGUAAUCACUAGCAAUAUAAAUACAACUCCCUCAGUAAUAAUUGGUUCAGCUGUGGUUCAGACCAGGAUGGUCUUCAGUUCCUCCUCUUCUGUUCCCAGUGAGAGUUUGGUUCUUACUACAACCCAGACUCUUCUGAGUGCUCGACUCCUACAUCUCAAUGACUCUGUAAAAGUGUUGAACUUCACUUAUGAAAACAUUUCAGACACCUCUUAUGCAGUCACAUUCACAUUCAGCAUCAGUAGCAUCAGCAUGCCAGAGAAAUCUGCCAACAGGAAUGAUACCUACAACCAUGUGAAGAGCAUCAUCAAUAAUGCUCAAAAUGCACUUCUAAAUAAACCUGGUGCAGAACCAUUCACACCCCAUAAGUUUUCUUUCACGAGUUCAAAGAACCAGGUUAAUGGUGACAUGGAGUACUAUUUCCAAGAUGGAGACACCAAAACACCAGCAGCCUUCCUGAAUGACCUUAAACCUGUAUUGGGGAAUGUUGUGAUAUACAUUCGUCUAGUUUUUAAGAACUUGGCCAAAGUACCGAGUGAGGCUGAUGUUCUCCAAGCCGCUAAUGCUUUCCUGGACUCAAAGAUCAGAAGAGCACGAGAUCUUGCAACACAAAAACUGAAUGAGCCUGUGAGCAUACAGAAUGUCACCUAUCAGAAAAUGGGCAACAACUCGUACAAUAUUAGCUUUGCGUUCCGAAUCAGCAAUGUGACCAUCUCCAAGGAUGUGCAGCUGAGGAACGAAACAUAUACUUUAAUCCAAAACACCAUCAACAGCCUGUUGAACGAUAUUCUGAAUGUCAAAGGUAGUACUCCAUUUGUCUUCCCACGAGCAACUUACAGGUUUAAUGGUACAGAAAUUGUGGCUGAUUCAGAACACAUCUUUCUGGAAGGUGACACCAAGUGGACACCAAGUGGAUUUCUUUCUGCAAUACUCAACAUUAGUGGUCUGACUUCCUUCACCACUCCUGCUGCUCAAACAGAACCCCCUUUCCAUGUAGUCCUGAGGCCCACAGUCCAAGCACACAACACCACUACUGGAGGAAAUUCUGCAUGGAUCCUGGGCAUCAUCAUCCCCUGCAGUAUUGUCAUUAUUCUCAUACCGUGCUGGAUUCUACUGUGUUGUCUGCUGUGUGGCUGCUGUGCUGGUUUAAAGAGGCGCUUCAACAGAAGACGUUCCUACAAUGUUCAAUACACAACACGAAACGGACUUUUUUAA